GACGUUUUACGACCGUAGCGGAUGCUCGCGCGGGAGGCACGGCGCUGUCCUGUUUACAAAUAAAUGACUCUUUCCCUCUGUGUGACAUUGUCCAUCCUGGACUGGUGUACAUGAAUAUCAUUCAAGGGAACGGCUGCAGCCGAAAAGGUAUAGGAAGAAAAUCUUGUUUGUGGAGAUUUAUGCAUCCGAGUUUCUUUUGACGUCAUCUUCACGGAUCUUUUACGUCUAUGACAAUUCAGAGAAAACCAUAACCAACGUAAACAGCGCAGGUGCAUGAACAAGUAAGUAAACAGAAUACUGUGCUCCUGCCCACCAAAGACUUUGGGAAGAGGAAGUUCAUCCAUGUUGGGAGCAGUGGAAGCCUGAAAUCUCCAGGGAAACAGAAAUCAUUUGAAGAGGGCAUUUUAUCUUCCCCCGAGGACAGCAACCCCCAGGUUCUGACCAUGAAGUCGGCUCUCAAGCAGUGGGUUCACCCCCCAGACAAACUCCUCACUGGACACAUUGUGUACAAUGUCAAGUUUCUGGGUGAAUGUGUGGUUGACAAUGCAAAAGGAACAGAUAUUGUUAAAGAUGCUAUUAGGAAACGAAAGUUUAACAAACACAUUAGGAAAGCUGAGGGACAGAAAACGCCCCGAGUAGAGCUCACCAUCUCGGCUGAUGGAGUCACUGUUCAGGAUCCAAAAACCAAAGCAAGUAUGCAUCAGUACCCCCUACACAGGAUAUCGUAUUGUGCUGACGACAAGACUGACAAACGCAUGUUUACGUUCAUCGCCAAAGCAGCUGACUCCAACACACAUUACUGUUAUGUGUUCGACAGUGAAAAAUGUGCUGAAGAGAUAACCUUGACCAUCGGGCAGGCCUUUGACCUGGCUUACAGGAGGUUCCUAGAGACCUCAGGCCAGGAUCUGGACUCCAAGAAACAGUGCAUAGUGUUACAGAAAAAGGUUCAAACCUUAGAACAAGAAAAUGCAGCUUUAAAAAAGCGAAUUCAAGAAUUAGAAAGAAUGAAAGGUGUGGAGCCUAGUCAACAGCAGAUUUACGAAAAUAUACGUAGCAUUGAAAUAGUGGAGGGGUCAGUCACCAAGUCCUCUGACAAUGCUGAACACCCCUCAGGUGUCACAUUGGACCCUUCCAGCCCACAAGACGAUAGUUCCACUGAACAUUUCUUUUUCGAUGGUUUUGCUCCUCAACCAUCAGUAGGCCGUAAGUUGGAGAACUUGAUUUUGGAUGACAAGCCUGUGCAGACCAAUGGUAGCUCCAGUACCAGCAAUGGGUCGGCUCCUACAACCCCAGCCAAACUAGGCCUGUUGUCCCCACCACCACGAAGUUCAAGGUCACAACCUCAGACACCAUCUUCUAAUAAGUCAGUGUCUGCCAAUCCAUUCUCCUCUCCGGGACCUUCCCAGUCCAGUGUCGACCCAUUUGGAAUGCCUGCCUUCACCCCCACAAGUCCUGCUGUAUCCCCUCCCCCGACCUCGAGACCCUCGGUCAGCAGUAGUGAGAGGGAACUUAUGGACAUGCAGGUGGGAUUCAGUGCAGGGCUAUCGUUUGGAACAGAAGAUUUCUCAUUGGCUGAUUUUGACCCUUUGAAUCAAAGUUCAUGAUGGAAUGUGCCAAUCAGAGCAGGAUGUGAUAUAUUCAGCAUUGAUGGGAACCUGUCAGUGCCCUAGUCCUUUGUGAUUUCUAUCAUUUCAAUGAAUAAUCUUAACAUUUGUUCUUAUAUAACCAAAGGUUUAUGCUUCAUAAUAAAACUCAUUAUUUUCAUACACAGAAAUCUAUAUAGAAAGAAAAAAAACACCAAAAUCCUUUAUGAACAAUACAGUCAACUUUUGAUUGCUAUGAUACUAACAGUGAAACUUGUAUAUCCCAACAUCUGGAGAUUUGGGUUUUUUUUUGUCUUCUAUCUUUCUAUCUGACUCACUGAGUCCAUGUACCAGUACAGUUUGUUAUCAUAACUGACACAAAUUUAAUCCUUUCAACAAUUUACUGAAUUCACCGUACUUAAUAUGUCACAUGUUGUUAUUUUAGCCAUUAUGAAGUACUUUACAUGUACAUGUAUUAAGACUUAGUUUACUGUAAGAAUUUCAUGUUGUGUUAAUAAAAACUUUGUGGAUUAAUUUUCAAGGGUACCACACAUUUUUUUUUUUAUUCAAAAACACAUCAAAUAUUUUAUAUAUCACUUUUUUUGAAAAAAUUUUGAUAAUUGUCAAGGGAACCUCAUUAUAUGUAUUCCAGGUCAGAGUGGACACAAUUACAUUUCCAUUUUAUUAUGAAUGCAAUUUUUUCUUACUUAGUAUUUACUUAUUUUCUGAUUAUUUUUCAGGUAUUUUUUUUUCUCACUUUUUAUGUAAGGGCAUUCUAUCCCUUAGCUUUAUCAAUUACAGAUUUAUAUAUAUUUCUAUGUUUACCCAAGCAAGGCAAACCUCACAGUUGACGGUGCUGUCACUGAAAAAUGAAAAUAUCAUAAUCGGUAUAGUAUGGAGCUGAGGUAUUGGUUUGCUGUGCAUUGCUUUCCAAGUUAAUUAAAUAUUUCCUUCCAACGAAUCUAUGUAUUUGUGAUAAAGAGUUGUUGAAGAUGUUAAAACAAAAGUGUUCAAGAUAUUGCAGGUUGAUACAACUUAUUCAUGAUACGGGACCAAUACUAUAAAUGUGUAUUUUGUAGCUGUUGUUUACAUGUACUUGCAAUAUAUAAUUAUAUAACAUGAGGCUUUUAUCAAUAGUCGCUGUUUCCAGUAGUAUUGUUCUUAAGGUAUGUGGAUAUGCAUGAAAUGCAAAGUUGUAUACAUGUACUUGUAGAUUCAGUGGCCAAAUAAACUCAUUUUUGCAA